AUGGGCCGUGGUCUUGUCGCUGUUGCUGACAUCAAGCCGCAACAAAGCUUAUUCUCUAUUCCCCGCCAUAUCGUUUUAUCCACCAAAACCUCGGCUUUCAAAGACGUCGUCGGCAACGACGUCUACGCUCAGCUCCAGAAUGGCGACGAGGCAAAUUGGACGCCACUGAUCAUGGCUAUGUGCUGGGAAUAUUUACAAGGUGAAUCUUCUAAAUGGCACUCUUACUUCUCAAUUCUCCCAGACCAAUUCACUUCACUUAUGUUCUGGCCUAAACAAGAUCUUGAUCUUCUCAAAGGCACCACUGUCAUCACGCGAAUCGGUUUGGAAGACAUUGAAGCCGAGUACGGCAGAGUGAGCCAGAUCAUCAAAACGAAUCACAAUGUCUUUGGUGACAGUCAGCGCUACUCCCUUGAUCUCUUUAAGAGAAUGGGCUCGCUCAUCCUCAGUCGCAGCUUCACUGUCCUCGAUUGGAAACCGGAAGAAGAGAACGAAGACGGAGAGAGCGAUGAGGAGGAGGAAGUUGAUUUGCGCACGUCCGUUGAUGUCGUUUCGAUGGUGCCAAUGGCUGACAUACUGAAUGCUCGCUCCGAUUCUGCAAACGCACACACUGAGUAUGAAGAGCACAAUCUUCGCAUGAUCGCCUUGAAGGAUAUCAAAGCUGGCGAGCAGGUAUUCAACACUUACGAUGACCCUCCUAAUUCAGACUUACUGAGACGCUAUGGUCACGUUGACUACACUCCUCUCAGUAAAGACAGCGAAUACAUGGGCAAUAGAUACAAUGUUGCCGAGAUCCCAGCUGACCUCAUCCUCGAGAAAGCCCUACCAAACGCAAAUGAGAAAAUGAAAGAGCGUAGAGUGGAGUUUUUGCUUGACGAGUGUGGUGAAGAUGUUUUUGAAAUAACGAAUGACGACGCUGUUCCUGAUCUACUCAAAAUCUGUGUCGUUUUGUUCACUCUUCCUGAUACUGACUUCAAGAAACACGAGAAGAGCAGGAAAGUGCCUAAAGCUAGCGUAUUUAGUAAAGAGAAUGCGGAAUUGUUAGCUAAGGCUAUCAAAGAGCGCAUCGAGCAGUAUGGUGGUGUGCUUGAAGACGACAUAGCCAAGCUUGAUAAGUCAGACACACUCUCACAAAAUCAAUUUAACGCACUUGUUUUGACAGUCGGCGAGCGCCGCAUACUCACAAAAGCUCUCGAAGAAUUAGACAAAAAUGACUACUCGCAGAAAAAGCAACGGGUAAAUUAA